AUAGAGUACACAACUACGCACACCCAUCAUUUGUGUAGAAUUGAUACUCCUAAAGAGGAAAAGAAAACAGAGAGUAAGAGGAAAAAUGGUUUGUUUUCAACAGAAAACAGUCACCAUAAAAGGACUAUUGUAAAGCUUCUCAGUUUCUCACAACUUCCAACAAAAACCUCCCUUAUUUUCCAUUUAUUUUUCUUUCUAAUUUACAACAUCUUAUGCACAAAUUACAACUCACAAGCUGUCAUUGGCCCAUCUUUGUCAGUUCAUUGCUACACCCUAAACCACCAGCAAAAACACCAGUCUUUCUUCCCUGUCAAAAAGUUAAUCAUUUGCUGAGACCCCAACAGUCUUGUCAAUAACCAGUAUAGUAAUAGUACUUGUUAUUUUGUUGUUGUGUGGCUUGUAUUCAAUAUUUCAAUAAUAUACAUACAUAUAUCUAUAUAUAUACGCACAAAGUUUGAAACUUUAUUUAACAAAUAGUACUUUAAAUUAGGACCCACAAAAAAAUAUGAUUGAACUUGAUAAAAACUAACAAAAAAACAUAAAAAAAAACUAACCAACAACCAACCAUGGAAAUAGGUGGCUCUAGUUCUUCUAGUGAAUCAAAUCUUUUGAAAAUUGGUUUGAAAUUUGGUAAAAAAACUUACUUUGAAGAUGUUGAGAUAAAAAUGGAAAGUGGGUUGGGUCCAGUUAUUGGUGAUGGUGGUGGUGUUGGGCCAAUCAAGAAAGGAAGGACUAGUGGUGGUGGUGGUGGUGGCAGAGUGGUGGUUGUUGGUCAAGAACCACCUAGGUGUCAAGUUGAAGGAUGUAACUUGGAUCUAAGUGAUGCCAAAACUUACUAUUCUAGGCAUAAAGUGUGUGGUGUUCAUUCCAAGACUCCUAAGGUUAUUGUUAAUGGGAUUGAACAGAGGUUUUGUCAACAGUGUAGCAGGUUUCAUCAGCUACCGGAGUUUGAUCAAGGGAAAAGAAGCUGUCGCAGGCGAUUGGCUGGGCACAAUGAACGUAGGAGGAAGCCAGCAUCUGGAACUCUGCUAGCUGCUCGCUAUGGAAACCUCUCUUCCUCUAUCUUUGUGGCAGAAAACAAUAGCAAUUCUGGGGGGUUCUUGAUGGACUUUUCAUCAUGCUCGAGAGGGAAGGUUAACUGGCCUAACACAAGAGCAUCUACUGGAAUCACAAAAUUUCCACCACUUCCAUGGCAGAGCAACUUGGACAACCCACCACCAUACAUGGGCCCGGAUCACGUUCCUCCUGGAGGAUGCUUUAAUGGAGUUCAAGAGUCCAAUUGUGCUCUCUCUCUUCUGUCAAAUAACUCAUCAGCUUCAAGAAACCAAACCUUGACCCACGACUACUACUUAAACACCAAUGUUGGUGCUGGUGCACACCUGGUUCAACCACCAACUGUGACCGUGGUUCAGACUCAAGGUCAUUUCUCAAAUGGCUGGGGUUAUGGCACCAAUGAAGCCCAUUUGGGUUUGGGUCAAAUCCCAUACUCUGGUUACUCUGGUGAGACUGGGCUUGGUCAUCAGGGUGGAAGGCGAUAUGACUCAUCUGCUGACCAAAUUGACUGGUCCCUUUAACUCAUCUAUGAAUGAAUGUGUUAGGCCGUGUUUAUGUACCAUCGUUUCGACUUUUUCAUCGUUCAACUGUAUUCUGUGUGUUUCUGGUAGGACAAGAUCUGGUUGCUGUCUUAGAUGCUGUAUUGAAGUUGAAACUGAUUAACAAGGCCUUAACCUUGUUCUAAAUAAGAAGGAACUCUGCCUAGAUUUGAACU